UGGGAUAUUACACAAUUUUGGUAGCAUUCAGUCAAAUUUCUCUUCAAAAACAUGUAAUUUGUAUAUAAUAGCAUGUGAGAACAUGUUCCUGUAGUGUGGACUCUUCCUGUUGAAUAGCGUUUUGGUAAGAAUUCUGUUAAACUCUUUUUCAAAAAACUUUGUGCCAGUUUAUAUACAAUAGUAUAUGAGAGUGGGUGUUUCUGAACUGUGGGCUUUCCUAAAUGGACAGCUUUUGGGGGUCAUUUUGGGCAUGCGCAUUUCCCAAAUCAAAAGCAGUGACUGUUUCAGGCUUCCUGUAGUCGGUGUAGGAUCUCAGGCUGUGAUUGGUGUGGACACGUGUAUCAGAAAUGGCGUUUGCUGUGGACUCCCAGUGCAGAAGUGGCCCUGGGCAUCUCAUUAGAUGCUGGCGUUUCUAAUUGUGUGCUAAGCCCUGUGCUACAUGCGGAAGAUUUAGACCCGAGUCAAACAGCCCCUGCCCUCACCUCCAGGAGCUCAAGACACCUUACCAAGGGCCUCCCCUCGGGGCGGGGGCAUCGGGGCUCUUUCUGCCGUCCACCUCUCUCUAAGGCAGAUCGGGAGCGGUGCCGAGAAAAAUUUCCUUACUAGAUGACAUUUCAUCGCAAUGUCCGAUCGUUUGGGGCAAAUAACCAAGGGCAAGGAUGGGAAAAGCAAGUAUUCGACUUUCAGCCUGUUUGAUAAGUAUAAAGGAAAAUCAGUAGACUCGAUCAGAUCCUCAGUUAUUCCUAGACAUGGCUUACAGAGUCUUGGGAAAGUUGCCACAGCCCGGCGUAUGCCACCGCCUGCAAACCUGCCAAGCUUGAAGUCUGAAAACAAAGGAAACGACCCCAACAUCGUUAUAGUACCCAAGGACGGGACGGGAUGGGCAAACAAGCAGGAUCAGCAAGACCCAAAGAGUUCCAGUGCGACGGCCUCUCAGCCGCCGGAGUUGCUGCCGCAGCCGGGUUUGCAGAAAUCUGUCUCCAAUUUGCAGAAACCGACACAGUCGAUCAGUCAGGAGAAUACAAAUUCAGCGCCAGGUGGACCAAAGUCAUGGGCACAGCUGAAUGGAAAGCCAGCAGGACACGAAGGUGGUUUAAGGGCCUCAAGCCGACUAUUAUCCUUCUCUCCCGAGGAAUUUCCGACGCUGAAAGCAGCUGGAGGGCAGGACAAGGCUGGCAAAGAAAAGGGCGUCUUAGAUCUGUCGUAUGGGCCAGGACCAAGCCUCCGCCCUCAGAAUGUGACAAGCUGGAGGGAGGGCGGUGGGCGAAACAUAAUUUCUGCCACGUCUCUGAGCGCCUCCCCAACUGAGCUGGGCAGCAGGAACUCGAGUGCGGGAGACGGAGCCCCCUCCUCGUCAUGUACCAGCGAUUCUAAGGACCCCUCUCUCCGCCCGGCUCAGCCUGUCCGAAAAGGGGCUUCACAGUUCAUGGGGAAUGUAUACCACCCACCUACAUACCAUGACAUGCUUCCUGCUUUUAUGUGUUCGCCACAGUCAUCAGAGAACCAGGGUACAGUGGAACGAGGAUCUUUUCCCCUUCCCCAGCUCCGCCUUGAACCCCGUGUUCCUUUUAGACAGUUCCAGAUGAAUGACCAAGACGGAAAAGAAAACAGGCUGGGAAUGACUCGCCCGAUCCGUCCACUGAGGCAGCUGGUGGAACGGGCGCCGAGACCCACCAUCAUCAACGCGGAGAACCUGCGGGGCCUUGACGACCUGGACACCGAUGCUGAUGACGGCUGGGCAGGCCUCCACGAAGAAGUGGACUACUCGGAGAAGUUGAAGUUCAGCGAUGAUGAGGAGGAGGAGGAAGCUGUGAAGGACGGCAGGCCAAAGCGGAACAGUUGGGACCCCAGGAGGCAGCGGCAAUUGUCAGUGAGCUCUGCAGACAGCGCUGAUGCCAAGCGCACCCAAGAGGAAGGAAAGGACUGGGGCGAAACAGGAGGCAGAACCCGUGUCGUCCGGAAGGUGCCAGAACCUCAGCCGCCUUCUAGGAAGCUUCACAGCUGGGUGUCAGGCCCUGACUACCAGGUACCGUGGGCACUGCAGGGGUUCUGUGCCUGUGAUUAGCUGGGACACACACACACGUGUGCACACACACACACACAUACACACACACACGAGCCCUUUCAAGUUCAUUUGACCGGAGAUACACACACACACACACACACACGUGCCCUUUCAAGU